AUCUGAUCGAGAGGUACUACCACAGCCUUGCGUCAACACACAGGAGCUUCUCGUGUCGUCAACCUCGCCUGGACUUUCCAUGGAAGUCCGAAUCCUGCGCGCCAUCAUCGAAACAAUAUUCAGCUUCAUUAUUUCCGGUGCAUCGGAAUUACAUCUCAGCAAGAUUUAAAUGAGCGCAGGAAGCACCCGCCUGCUUGAACGUAACUGCCACGUAAAUACUAGUCCACAUCUUCUUUUCACUUGCAUACAUCCAUCGACUUUCUACUGCGAGAUCCGUUGUUCGAUGAUGGCGAAAAAUCUACAAAAAGCUAAGGUGGAGACAACAGUGCAUGAGAGUCAGUUUACCUCUACUCCGGAAGUCAUUGCACUUCGUUCAGCUUUGACAACUGAUACCAUAUCUAUUGGAUUCGAUGGUGAAAAUUUAUGUAUUCAUCUGCUACGGCAUGACAAAAAGUGCCUUCUUAAUGAUUUAAGUUUUUGUCCAGCGACCAUUCCUUGCAAUCCAUUUUCAUAACCAAUUCUUAGCUCUGAGAAAGCCUGUGUUUCAACGUUACUCGAUCAAAGCUAGGAAAUUUUCUGUUCUGAUUUGCAACCAAAGCUGGCUAAGCGCGUCUUGGUUUCUAUUCUCUCUGAGCCUCUUCUUGUUCUCUUCUCAGCGAGAAUCGAUGGAGAAUCAUGAACUGGCGAGUUUCAACUAGAUUAAGUGUUUGACUGAGUGAGCAAUAGUUAUGCUGGCGUAGCUCCGAAUGUCAGCUGGU